UUAAAAAACAUUCGAGGCGCACAGCUAGAUAGAUCUCGGCAGCGACUAGCGCAGUCAUAAAAAAAAAAAAGGAAAACAAACGCUCUCGAGAAAGUUCUUCGAUCCUCUCAUCGUGGGAACCAUGGGCGAAGAAGGCGAGAUCAACGAGUUUUUUUCCGAGAAUACGGCAAUGGUGUUCUGGAACAUGGAUGACUACCCAAUACCUGCUGCUGGUAUCGAUGAUCUUGGUUUUAUUCGUACUAAUAUCGAAGAAGUUCUUCAUCGAAUGGGCUUUCAUGGAUAUAAGGAAAUCGAUGUGUAUUGUAAGCGAAUCCAGAGCGACGUACAACAAGAGUUGAGCGAGGCCAGAAUCUUUUACUUACCCUCAAGUACAAGAAUUUACAUAACUACUGGUGGUAACAAAGCGGCUCCUGUGGAUAUGACUUCCUUUUUGGUUCAUUCCGCACUAACUAUUUCUGGACCAAAUGGUCCACUCGAUUUAGUGGUGAUCGCAAAGGCAACUCCGAAAGGGUAGUUAGAUAGGGUUAUCAAGUGUUUGGAAUCGAGGGGUCACACUAUUCUCUUAAUUGAUACGACUGCUAUCAGAGGAUCUUUCUUUAAUGUAGAAUCUCUACUUGGUUGUGCACGUAUGUUACGUCCUCGUCCUCCUACUCGUAGCGAUCUCUCUGAGGGCGAAGAAGAGAUUGAAGAAGAUUCUUCCGAGGGUGAAGAAGAGUUUGAAGAAGAUCCCUCCUAUGUUCGCUACUCCUCCAAGAAUGUAGAUUUCCGCGAGCCUAUAAGACCCGUCAAAGAGAAUAGGACAGGCGUCUUCUGGGAGGCUGAAGAUUUCCCAUUCCCUCCUUUUUCCUCUCCUGAUGAGAUCUAUGGCAAAAUCAAAUCAGCUCUUUGGGAAAGAGGUUUUACCAAUAAGCUUUCAAUCUGGGUCUAUCUUGAUGAUAACAAGAAGGGGACUUGGAGGGAUGUCCUUCUGGGUGACAAGGUGUGGGCUUCCAGAAUCUACUUUCUCCCCGGAGGGGAUAAAGCCUCGAGACGUAUUAGAAUGGCAAAUGACAUUUUUUUUUGGGCAAGGGACUUUCCUUAUAAAAGAUCUAAAGGAAUUGUGUUCCUCUUCUCAGAUCAAUUCAAAGAUGAUGCCGAGUACACCGAAAUGCUUCAAAAUCUCGUGAGCGUAAGUUGCUAUGUUCGCUCAAUAAUUCCCACUCAGGACAGCAACAAACCAGAAAGUCCUAAUUGGCCAGGAUUGCUAAUAGAUGGAGGAGGAGGAUACUGGGUUGAUUACUAGUUGGCUUGGGUCUUGCAGCUCCGUUUGGUUUCUAAUUUACUUUGGUACUAGUCUUUCAUCAUUUCAUCAAGUGUCCCUCCAUAAACAUUAUAUGUGGUACCUAUUUGAUAUUUCUUUGUAUGUGUUUUUUUAAUAAGAUAUUAUGUGUUCCCAGUUCC